GCAUGUGGUUGGUCGCCGAGGGCAAACGACUCGAGUAUGCUGAAGAGGUUUACUCUAUCAACGAAGCACAUGAUGGCAAGAAGAUUACUCUGCUCUGCCCUACCAUGCAAAUCCGCAGCAGAGGUGAUACACUGAAUCGUCCCACCUUGACAGUGGAACUGGAAGCCGUAAUGGACGACGUCCUCUCCGUCGAAGUCACCCACUGGCACGGUGCUCUAAACAAAGGCCCACACUUUCCCCUCUUUCCCUCUGGAAAACCACAAGUAAACGCCGACAUCCAAAAGACAGAACAAGGCACCACAAUCUCAGCCGGCAAUCUCUCAGCAACAGUAUCUUCUGCACCCCACACCUUCGACAUCCGCUUCCACAGCAAAGACGGCAAGCACAAACUUACCUCUCUGCUCAAUCGCAGCGUGGGACUCGCUUACUCGCCCGCAACAAGCAGCCCCAUGCAGACUGCAGACAUGAGAGAUAUAGAUCACUACAUACUCACCCAAAGCACUUUGGGAGUGGGCGAACAAGUCUACGGCUUGGGCGAACGCUUCGGCGCGCUCAAUAAAGUGGGCCAAGCAAUCACACUCUGGAAUGCCGACGGCGGCACCUCCAGUGACCAAAGUUACAAAAACAUUUCAUUUUGGAUGAGUAACAAGGGCUACGGUAUCUUUAUCGACGCCACCGAAAAGGUGGACUUGGAAGUGGGCAGUGAAAGAUGCUGCAGAGUACAGACUUCAGUCCUGGGCCAACGUCUAAAAUGGCACAUCAUCUACGGGCCCUCGCCCAAACAGAUCCUCGAUAAAUACACCACACUCACCGGCAAACCUACCAAAGUGCCCACCUGGAGUUUUGGCUUGUGGCUCAGUACUUCCUUCACCACCGAAUACGACGACAACACCGUGCUCUCCUUUCUCGAAGGCAUGAAGCAAAGAGACAUCCCCCUGCAAGUUUUCCACUACGAUUGCUUUUGGCUGCGCGCUUUCCACUGGUGCGACUUUGUGUUUUCGCCCGCCCAUUUCCCUGAUCCGAAAGCGAGUAUUUCUCGUCUCAAGGCUUCAGGACUCAUGAACAAGGUUUGUGUAUGGAUAAACCCCUACCUCGGACAAGCCUCCCCCGUCUUCGCCGAAGCAGCCGCAAACAACUACCUCCUGCGCCGCAAAAACGGAGACGUCUUUCAAUGGGAUCUCUGGCAAAGCGGCAUGGGCAUCAUCGACUUUACAAACCCCGCCGCCUGCGAGUGGUACACUUCCUGUCUGGAAAAACUCUUCGAUAUCGGAGUCGACAGUCUGAAAACAGACUUUGGAGAACGCAUACCCAGUAAAGAUGUACAGUGGUUCGAUACCUCUGUCGACGCGGAGAAAAUGCACAAUUACUAUGCGUAUAUCUACAAUAAAGUUGUUUACGAGGCUCUGCAGAAGAGGUUUGGGAAAUAUGAAGCCGUGUUGUUUGCUCGCGCUGCUACGGCAGGAACACAGCAAUUUCCUUUGCAGUGGGGAGGUGAUUGCGAGAGUACCUUUGAAGCCAUGGCUGAAUCGCUGCGUGGCGGGUUAUCGCUGGGAAUGUGUGGUUUCUCCUUCUGGAGCGUGGAUAUCGGUGGGUUUGAGGGUACGCCUAAUGCAGCCAUCUACAAGCGAUGGGUGCAAUUUGGACUUCUAUGCUCGCAUUCAAGAUUGCACGGUAGCAACAGUUAUCGUGUUCCUUGGCUGGUGGACAACAAUGAUGAGAGCGAGCAAGGCUGCAGCGCGGUGUUGAGAAAGUUUACACAGUUGAAGUGCAGGUUGAUGCCGUAUCUGUACUCGACGGCCAUGGAGAGUAUCAAGCACGGCUGGCCUGUCAGUGUAAGGGCCAUGGCCAUCGAGUUUCCAGAGGACAAGACGGCAUGGCUGUGUGAUCAGCAGUUCAUGCUGGGAUCCAGUCUCUUGGUUGCGCCAGUGUUUGACGAAAGUGGAGAGGUCGAGUUUUAUCUGCCCAAAGGCAAGUGGACUAGUUUCUGGGAUGGCCAGGUUGUUGAAGGACCAAGAUGGGUCAAGGAGACGCAUCAGUUUGAUACGUUGCCGUUGUAUGUCAGGGAAGGCUCUAUUCUGGUGCUUGGAAAACAAGGAGAGAAGAGAACGACUUGGGAUUGGACCAAGGAUGUCGAGGUCAAGACUUUCUUCCCCAACGAAAAGUCGUCCUUCCAACUGGUAGACCCGGACAACAAAGAGCUGGCUACUAUUACUGCCACCAAAGAGGGUGAUGAGUUGGAAAUUAAGGGUGCUGAAGCUUUGGCUCAA